GGAACAGCCUUCACAGAACAGAUGAUUACAUGGAAUGUUCCCCGUGUUCUACCUCCCCUUGUUCCAACACCACAAAUUACUACCCUUGAUGUUCAAAUGGGAGUUGAUGGCCGCAAGCUUGACCCUGCAACGAUUCAUAGUAGAGAUUAUAAACUGGAUGUCGGUCCCCAGCUAAUCACUGUAAAAAUUCCUGUGGGAGCUGAUGGUGGAUAUUACAAGAGCCAUGUAUUGGACAACACCUAUGUGAUCUCUUACUCUAUUGAACCAAUGCUGGAGCAUACCUGGCAAGAUGGGCCUGAGAAGACCAAGUACACAGUACUUCAUCCAAUAACCACUCCUUUCAUGCCUCGGCCACCAGUUGUCACAAACAACACUGUUCCUAAAGCCAGAGUGUUCAAUGUGACCCUGGGGACAUUCCUGCCUGAUGUGGAGCUGGUCAAAAUUAUAGUUGGACCAGAGACGUUAACUGUGCCAGAAGCCAACCGAAAAGGUUAUAAUGUCCAGGAGCAUGUCUUUCCCAAUGGAUCCAAGACCUACACUCUCCAGGUGCCAUUUGAGGACCCCAAUGUGAAGCAAAAGGUAACUCCUCCAGACACCAGAACCUACAUUCUGCCCCUGACCUACUUGCUGAAUAUAGUGCCAGAGAAUACACCCUUUACUCAUCCUGCUGUAGUUGAAGCCAUUCUCAAAGACAUCAUUCUACCUACAGUAACUGGCUACUGUGAUGGUGCUGCAUUCUAUACCAUGGUAACAUAUGGCAACAUGGGUCGCAACUGGGUUCCUUUUGUGGGCUCAAGAGAACUUGGUGGAAGUCUGCUUGCCCUGUACAAGUAUAAUGCCAAUGCUACCAAUUUCUGGAUGACUGUGCCAUACAAUUCAGUUGAUGCCACAUAUGAAGUGAUCAGUUCUUCGGGCAUCAGAAGCAGGCUUGACUUGACCUUGAAGGAUGUUGGCACCAUGGUUGUGGUGGCUGACUUUUCUCUGUCCUGCAGUUUCCCUACAAAGAUGAUACCUUUUUGGGUCAAUGGCAGUGAACUGGAAGGAGCGUACUAA